AUGGAUAAAAAGAAAUUAAAAAAGAAGGUGGACGAAUCUGACAGCAGUGAUUUAGAACAGCUGUUAGAGAUAUCCAAGAAAUACAAAAAUCGACCAAGACCAGAAAAAUAGGAAAUCCCAAUAUUAAAGAAAGUGAAGCCUCCUGAGCCUCCACCUCAACCACCUCAGCCUACGACUCUGCCGCAAUUGUCAUCCUUUAAGAAGAGUGAGAGUGGAGCUUAUAAAGUACCUCAACAUCUGCAUAAAAACUAUCCUCAUGCAGUUCGACUCUAUUUGGGGAAUCUGCCAGAUAAUGUCGAUAAGGAUCAUCUCCACAAUUACAUAAGACAAUAGAUGGAAUCUCACGGAGCAGUGCUUGAUCCCGGAGAUCCAGUGAUACAAGUGCAAUUACAGCCAGGUCAGAAAUAUUGUUUCGUGUAAUUCAGAAGCAUCGAAGAAACGGAAGCAGCAUUACAAAUAGACACCAUCAAUUAUCAAGGCAAGCCACUCAAAUUCAAGAGAGUCAAAGAUUAUGAAAUCAGUCCACGUAUUGAGGGGGAAAGGGAAGUACCCAAGAUUCAACCCAAAGAACCUGCAUAGAAACUCUUUGUUUGUGGAUUAGCACCUGACACUGACAAUGAUGCUUUGGCUAACAUUCUGAGUGAAUAUGGCAAUUUGAAAUCAUUAAAUGUUGUUAGAGACAUAAAAAAUGUUUGUAAGGGUUUUGCAUUCUGCGAAUUUGAAACUGAUUUAGAAACGCAGAAUUGUGUAAAUGGGUUGAAUAACAAAGUCAUUGGUGGCAGGUUGUUGCAGGUUAAGAAGAAUGCUCAAUUGCCAACUCCAACUCAGGAUUAUAUUAUCGACACUAUUACUUUGGGUGAGCAAUCAGCUUUCGAAGCCAAAUUAUAAUAGAUCAAUUAAAUGAAAGUGAGUAGUGUAGUGGUGAUUAACAAUGCAGUCAGAAUCAAAAAUAUUGAGGAUGAUUAUGAAUAUAAUUUUAUCGUUAAGGAUUUAAAAAAAGAGAUUGAAAAAAUUGGCAGAUUGAUUAGUAUGGUGGUGCCAAGGAAGAAGGAUGGGUAUUCGGAAGGCAUAGGAAAGGUUUUUGUUGAGUUUGAGAAUGAGCAAUUUGCUAAGAUUGCUAUUAUUCUGUUGUAAAAUAAAAAGUAUGAUGGGAGAGAGAUAGACAUUGCCUUUUAUGAUCCAAGGUUGUAUGCGGAUAAACAAUAUUGA